GCGAGGCGAUCUGAUCAACUGUUGUCCUUGUUGAUGCUUUCUCAACAAGUGAAGAACACUUACAAACUCAUCGCACAUUCAUUCAUUCAUUCAAUCAAUCAAUCAAGAGGACGACGCCCUCAUAAAAAACUUUCUGUCUGUACCUUGACGCAGGUGUUCUUGCACGCCCAAGUAAUUCAUAUACAUCAACAACACACGCGUUCCAUUCUGUGCUGUGGAGGAUUUGCCGGCCAACAUGGAAUCAAAUCGACCCAAAGAGAUCAUUCAGUACCAUCCUAGUCAGCUCAAGAUAGAAAAACGAUGCGGGAAAAAGACGGCCACCAUGUUUUGUGCCACCCGCAAGCCAUCCUCAGCUUCUUCCAGGUUGUCGUCGACCUCAGAAGGAGCUCAGAAGUGCCAUACGUCUCAAACUGGAGGCAGCAUUCCUGGCAGUGAUUGUACCAUGUCCUCGAUUAACACUGACGAAUCCGAUUACUCGGAUAACUUGUCGGUCGUGUCGGACAUCUCUGAUCUAUCGGUUUUGUCGUUUCCCACGUCGUUAACGCUCUCCUUAUCCAAUAGCAGGCAUCAUUCUUCACUCAUUCCUGGUGUCCACGGUCAAUCGGGUGGGGCUAGUUCCUCCGUGGCCAAAUCCCAGCUAAAUGGUGACCGCCGAAUGAAGCACAUGGCUAAGAAGAUGGCCUUGCUUCAAACUGAAAAAGACGCCUUCCAAAAGCAAGUCAACCAAUCUUCGAGCCAUCGACUAGAGGUGUCUCAAUUGAAGGAGGAAAACUUCCGUCUCCGCCGCGAGAAUGUGAAUCUGAAAAGCCAAGUUGAAUCGAUUCAAACUUAUCAGAAAUCGCUCGUAUCUGAAGGCAACAAAACCACCCCCAUUGAAGAAACCCAACAGAGUGCGCCAGACUCCAAGGCCGAGGAUGAAGUGAAGAUCUACGAAUUCCGGAGUCAGUUGCGUAAAUCUCAUGACCAAAUCGAUCGUCUUCAAACGGACAACGACAAGCUCAAGAUGGAGCUCAAAUCGAAAUCUGGGGAGGUCGAAAAUCUGCGGGGACAGAUCUCCAAAUUGUCAGAAGAAAGCAACACGCUGAAAAGAGAGAAUAGAAGCUUGCGCGAUCAGUUUACCGGCCUCGAAGCCAAUCAGUCCAGUUUGGACCAUGUGAACAAGUCCACGGAAUCGAAGCUUACGCUGUUGGAUUCCGACCUGAAAAGGGCCAUCGAAAGCAAAGAUUGGUAUCAGAAACAACUCCAGGUGGCCCAAGAGCAGAGGACCCAAGCCCAAAACUCGUUAGUUGGAACGCAAGAUGAGUUGUCGAGCAAGAAUGUGCAAAUUGUUGAGCUUCGAAGUCAAUUAGACUCCCUACAAACCAAAUACGAGAAGGAGCAAGUGAAGACUCAAAGUGUCAAAGACGAAUUUGCCAUGAAGUUAAGGAAAAUCGAGGCUGAAAUGUCAGACCAAGAAAUUGCAAUAGACAAGCUCAUCGAAGAGAAAGAUGAGGUCAUUUUGAACCUGAACAAGAAGUUAGACGAGAGUAAAGCCAUGGCUGAUUUCUCGGGAAAGCUCCAAGAUUUAGAAUCGGAGUUAGAGAGUCUGAAAUCAAGUUUAGAGGAGAAAGACCGAGAAAUCUCGUUGUUGACUCAAACCAAAGAGGAAUUGGAGGCGGAUAACAAAAAAGUGCGAGAAAACUUCCGAUCGUUUCAAAAUCAGCAUCAGCAAUCUGCUCUCGAUUCUGAACAAAAGAUGAGUAGCAUCAAAUCCAGACUCGUCGAAAAAGAGAUGAUAAUUGAAAAAUAUCGAGAAGAGCUACAAAAACUGUCCAGAAUGGAAGAGAUUCAAGACGAGAUGGAGAAGACUUUGCAAUGUGCCAUGGAUGAGCUGGAGUUCAAAGCUGAUAAUGAAAUGAAACUCCUAAAUGAGCAAAAGGAGUUGGAGAAGAAGAUAGAGGAACUGGAGCAAGAGCUCCUCGAAAACCAUCAGAAUCUAGAUGAUAGCAAAGCUGAAGUGGAUCAAUUGAAAACGAAAGAUUUGGAACACGAAGCUAUGGUUCAAAGAUUAGUCGACGAGAGUAAAAUCAUCCUGGAAGAUCGAAACCGUACCAAGCAAGCCAACCUCCAAAUGCAAACCGAACUCUCGCAAGCUCAUGAUCAGAUUGACAAACUCCAACAAGAGAUUACAACCCUUUCAACUAAACUCGCCGAGUUUCACUCGCAAUCGCCCGUCCCAGAUCUGGCUCAAUUGAAAGAGGAGAACAUUACUCUUCGUCAACAAGUGCUGCAUUUGGAGCAAUUCGAAAACCAAGUCACAGAAUUGGACCAAGAGAUCGACCAAGUGAAGCAAGCGAAGGCCAAUUUGAAUGAGAAGUUACUCGAAUCGGAGAAGUUCUACUUGGACGAGAUUGAGACUCUUCGUCAGGCACUCGAUCAUCGAGAAUCUCUCAUUGAUGGAAUGAAGUCGGACAUUGAAGCUGUUGAGAUGGAUCUGUGCUCAACGCGGAUCAUGCUGGAGAGCACCUCAGAGGACAAGGAACGAACCAAUUCAGAGCAAUCCAAGAAACUAGAGGAACUUGAAUAUGCCCUGGAAGAUUACCAAGCUACGAAACAAGAGUUGACCGAGCUUCAAAUGAACAUGUCCCACCUCACCGAGAAGUACAACACAUCCGUGGACGAGAACGAAAGCCUAGUGAAUCAGUUUCAAAACGUACUGAUAAGAAUUGAAGGGCUCGAGCAUGAAAAUUCUCGUCUGAAAAAUUCCUUGGACGAGUGUCUGACGGCCGAAGAAGAAUUCAAGGAGCUCCAUGCUCAGCGAAUCGCUCGGCUAGAGACUUUUAUCAAAGAGUACGAGCGAGAAAUUGAGGAUCUAAAUGAAUCCAAAGGAGGGCUGCAAAAUCAAAUCAUCGCACUCGAGGACCAAAAUGGGAAACUAGUCAGUGAAUCGGUUGUUAACGAAUCCUUACGUGAACAAGUGAUUCAAUUGCAAAAGGACCUGAAGAACGAUACCAAGUUACGCCAAGAGCUCAUCAGAAGCAUCGAUAUUGCCAAGACAAAUUUGGAGGGAGAGAUCUCUUCCUUGGAGAACUCCCUCAAGAAUGAAAAACAGAAUCACGCCCAAACUAGAGCGACCGCUAUUAACCUCGAGCAUGAGACUUUUGAACUUCAACAAGAGGUGAAGAACCUUCAGCUCAAAUAUGAAGAAUGCCUUCAAGAUAUGGAGUCCUCCACAAGCCAAGCAAAAGCCAAAAUCUCUACAUCCGAAUCAUCAAAAUGCGACUCACCCUCGUCAAACUUCUCGAUGACGCUCAAAGAUCGCGAGAUCAAAGAAUUGGAACAUGUCCUGGAAGAAAAGACUCGUAGUAUUGUGUCGCUCGAAGAUCACAUCAGCACACUGAAGUUCCACUUGCAGCAAAAGUCCACUGAACUUGAGGACACGAAGAAGGUCAUGGCCCUCAAUUCGAUCAAAUACGACGAGCAUGUGGCUGAAUUGAAAGAGUUGCUAGACUCAAUAAAGCACGAAAAAGCCACUUACCUCAUGACGAUUGAAUCUCUAAGCGAGGAGAAGAGCAACUACAAAUCUCAGGUUCAAGACAUGAACCUGGCCCUUCGCAACAGCUUGGAACACAUCAAACAACUCCGAUCUCAAACAUCACACCCAUCAUCUCCCCUCUCGGACGAAUCGGCCUUAUCCGAACUCUUCCGAUAUCGGACCCCACCCCCGCCCCCUCCCCUCUCCAACUCGUCCAGCCGUAACUUGUCCAAUCUUCACAGCUGUUUGGCCUCCCUCAAGGCUGAAAUGGCCGUUCUUCAAAGCAAACUAGCCCCCACUUGCUCUGGAAGUCCCAUUCGGGAGAUUUCGUCAAAUUUUGGGACAGGGCCGCACCUCUCGGCCACGCCUGAACGAAUCCCUACCUAAUAUUUUCUUGAAACAUCUAGUCAUUCCAAAGAGCGUAAGAAACUGCAUUUGUUACAUUCCUGGCACGGCCGAAUCAUUUUAUUAAUGUUGUAACAUUCGUUUUCAUUUGUGUUGUAUUCGAAAUUCCUACGUGUCAAAUCUCGAUUUUUUUUGAUGAUUCUCAAUGGUGUUGUUAUUUUCUUUAUGAUUGUUUCCAAACCUUUGUUUGUUAUACAUAUUUCAUUCAGUUUUUUUGUCUUCGAUUCCUCCAGUUCAAUAAACAAAUUAUUAAUUGAUA